GAGAUUUGUGAUACCUUAGCCAAUAAUGUUCAUUUAAAAUUUCUAUAAAUUAUAUGUAGGUGUUUCCUCUUAAAGGGGAACUUUUAAAGCCUCAAGAGGAAAUGGAAAGACAUAUAACAGAUUUGAUCAAACAGAGCCUAGAAGAUGUAACUGGAGGAGAAUUUAAAAUGUUUAUGGAUUUCCUGACAAGUUUGAGUAUAUUUGGAGGGAAAGCUCCUCAAGAAAGAAUGCAAGAACUUGUGGAAAUUAUCGAAGGGCAGGCCGAUUUGGACGCACAGUUUGAUGUUUUAGAUACAGACCAUAUUGACAGGUUGAUCUCAUGUCUCCAAUUGGCUCUUCCCUUUUUUGCGAGAGGUGCUCCAACCAGCAGGUUUCUCAACUAUUUGAACAAACAUAUCAUACCUGUUUUUGACAAGCUCCCAGAAGAGAGGAAGCUUGAUUUGCUCAAAGCUCUUGCUGACAUUUCCCCAUACACAACUGCUCAGGAGGCAAGACAGAUGCUUCCUUCAAUUGUUCAGCUUCUAAAGAAAUACAUGCCCGCCAGGAAGACUGGAGAGGAAAUGAAUUUCACGUACGUGGAAUGUUUGUUGUACGCGUUCCAUCACCUGGCCCACAAGGUUCCAAAUGCAACAAACAGCUUGUGUGGGUAUAAGAUUGUGACCGGCCAGCCAUCAGACAGACUGGGGGAGGACUUCUCGGAGUUGAACAAGGACUUCACUGAGAGAUUGACAACCGUUGAAGAUCUGACCAAGACAACGAUGAAGAAAUUAACUCAGGGAAUGACGGAGCACAACAAAGCCAUGUCGGCUGCUAAGACAGAUGAAGAGAAGGCAAGCGUUAAAACAAAGAAGCAGAAUACGACAACUGGACUUAGGACCUGUAAUAACAUAUUGGCAAUGACAAAGCCACUGCAUGCAAAAGUGCCUUCAUUUAUCGGAGAUACUAAUAUCAACCUUUCUUGGAAAGAAGCCACAAAGCCGUUACCCUCUGCAACAACAACAAUCGGAGGAAAACGACCUGCUAAUAGCAACACUGGAAGUGUUAACAAUGUCUCUGCAAAGAGGGGACGUGGUUCGGGUGGUAUGUCAAACCAGCUUGUAAACAAGGCUUUUCAGGGAAUAUCAUCUCACGGUGGUGGUAGAGGAGGAAACCGAAGACGCGGAGGUGGUCGCGGGAGAGGACAAGGAAGAGGUCACUGGUAACAAUAAGUUUCCAUGAGUGGAUUCCAUGACACUAUGCUUCUGUACUCUUUACAUUUUCUAUUUGUCAGUAGGAGUUUUGGUUUGGUACUUGCUAGUUUGCUAGCUAGAGUUUGGGGACUUAUCGCAUCAGAACAAAUCGUUGUGUCUUUCUUUAUUCGCGAUGGAGAAUAUUGAGUCGAGACUCUUUUAACUUUUCAUGAGAUCAAAACAAUAGUUCUAGCA